AAAUGGGAUUUUCUAUUUUUUUUUUCCUGUCCAAAUAUAGAAAUCAAUACUGAAAAAAAAAUUGUUCGCACGAUUAAUAUACAUAAAAUAUAACACGUGCCAGUAUCUAAAUUAAUAGUGACACGUGUAGCUUUCGAACGCAAUAAUCUCUCUUCUCCGCUCCUCGCCGAUGAGCUUUCCCUUCCUCCUCCUUCGUCUCCUUCCCCGCCCCUCGCUGCGCCUAUUCCAUUCUCCACCGCUAGAAAAACUCCACAUUUCCUCCGGACACCGCCUGCACUCGCGCUUUUCGUCUCCCCCAUCGCAUGCGACGCUGAUCAUCUCGAAGUAAGGAAAAAAAUGGUGGAGCGGAAGGAGCACCGCCGCCGCCUCCUCCUCGCCCUCUUCUUCUUCUUUCUCGGCUUCCGCCGGAUCAAAUGCCGAUCGGACACUUCCUCCGAAGACGCAGACGCCAUGUUUGCUCUUGCGCGAGCCCUCUCCGGUCUCCCCUCCUCCUGGAAGCCCGGCUCCGACCCCUGCUCCUGGGACGGCGUCAGCUGUUCCGCCGGCCGCGUCACCGGCAUCAACCUCGCUUCCCGCGGCGUCUCAGGCUCCCUACCUCCCUCUAUCGGCUCCCUCUCGGCGCUUACCACCCUCAACCUGCCGCGCAACCGCCUCUCCGGCCCUCUCCCUCUCCUUCCCAACCUCUCCUCCCUCCAAUCCGUCUCCUUCGAGGACAACGCUUUCGAGUCGCUCCCCGACUCCUUCUUCGCCGGACUCAUCGACCUUCAAUCCAUCACCCUCGACAACCUCCCCCUCGCGCCGUGGAGCCUCCCCCGCGACCUUGCCUCCUCCGCCGGCCUCGUUGAGCUAUCCGCCGCGAAUUGCUCUCUCUCCGGCUCCAUCCCUGACUUCCUCGGCUCCCUCCCCAGCCUCCGCGUUCUCCGUCUCGCUUACAAUCACCUCUCCGGCACCCUACCCCCUUCUCUUGCUGGCUCCGGCCUCCAGCAGCUCCUCCUCAACAGCCAGCAGUCUUCCAGCUUGCUCUCUGGUCGCAUCGACGUCAUUGGCGCCAUGCCUCAGCUAAUCGUCUUCUGGAUUCAGUCCAACGCCUUCACCGGCCCCAUUCCCGACGUCUCCAACCUCACCGCCCUCGAGUCCUUCAACGCCCGCGAUAACGCCCUCACCGGCGUCGUCCCUGCCUCCUUCGCCGCCACCCUCACCCUCAAGAACGUCUCCCUCUCCAAAAACAUGCUCCAGGGCGCUUUCCCGCAGUUCGCCAGCAAAUCCGUCUCCGUCGACAUCGACAAGGGCAAUCAAUUCUGCAGCCCGGCACCCGGUCCCUGCGAUCCCCGCGUCACCAUGCUGCUCGACAUCGCCGCCGGGUUCGGCUACCCCCUCCUGCUCGCCAAGUCGUGGAAGGGCAACCAGCCCUGCGGCGCCAACUGGCUCGGCGUUACCUGCGACGCGCAGGGCAACGUCAUCGUCCUCAACUUUGCUAACCAGCACCUGGGCGGCGAGAUCUCGCCGGCCUUUUCCAAUCUCACCUCGUUGCGGCAGCUGUUCCUCAGCAGCAACGACCUCGUCGGCUCGAUUCCCGCGAGCUUGACGCAGCUCCCGCAGCUCCAGCUGCUGGACGUCACCAACAACAGCCUCUCGGGCAAGGUGCCCACCUUCCGCACCUCUGUCACGCUCAAGCUCGAAGACAACCCCAAGCUCGGAGACGACUCUGGCUCUCUGUUCAGCUCAACGUCGUCCCCUGCAGCCCUGAUUGUUGGUUUGAUCGUCGCCUUCGUGGUUCUCCUUGCUUGCGCAGCAGCAUUGCUCUUCCAUUGCCGCAAGAAGAAUCAAAGCAAGAAAUUUGAGCGCAUAGCGUCCGAUUCAACGUCAUUCAAAAUCGGAUUGGAUGGAUUGAGCAAAGGCAGUGGAGGCAUUUCCUCGGGCAGCAUCACGAGUUCGGAUCAGUACUCCACUGAAGCUCAAAGCAUGCACAUCUCAAUUCAAUCCCUUCGAAGGGCCACCGACAACUUCAGCGACGCCAAUAUCUUGGGCAGAGGAGGGUUCGGCUUAGUGUACAAAGGCGAUCACAAUGGAACGACGAUCGCCGUGAAGAGAAAUGGAUAUGACAGUACGGGCAACAAGGGACAUGAGGAAUUCAAAGCAGAAAUUGAAGUUCUUAGAAAGGUUAAGCACAAGAACUUAGUCGCACUUGUUGGUUUCUGCGACGAUGACCGUGAGAAGCUUUUGGUGUAUGAGUACAUGGCCGGAGGAACCUUGACGGAGCACCUGUUCCAGUGGCAGAGUAGCGGCGAGCCACCGUUGAAUUGGAAUCAGCGGCUCGUCAUUGCUCUGGAUGUUGCUAGAGCAAUAGAAUACUUGCAUAGCCUUGCUCAAGAAAGUUACAUACACAGAGAUCUAAAACCUUCUAACAUACUCUUGGACAAGGAUUUGAGGGCUAAGGUUUCGGAUUUUGGACUAGCGAAGCUUGCCGCCGAUGAUCAAAAGUCCAUGCAGACCCGACUAGCCGGCACAUUUGGGUAUCUUGCACCUGAAUAUGCAAAAUCUUAUUGUAACAGCCACAGGAAGGGUGUCGACUAA